GUUGUAGAUUUUGGAAUGCGCGAAAAAGUUUCGCCUUCUAUUGUUUUUGGCAUAAGUACGGAACAUAAAACCUUACGGACCGUGCCAGACGACCAACUCGGCCCCAUCAACCGACUUAACUGUCAGAUCAUAAAAAUCAGUUGCUAGAGACUUUGCCGAUGUGCGAGCCAAGAGGGGGUUCUCCAUCGUGAGUCGGCAAAUGAGACGCUCGUGCAUUCCGAAUCACUAUCACAGCCGGGCUUUUACUUGUUCGCCCAUCACGUCCAUCACAUCCACUUGGCCAAAGAUGGUCCGGACCAAAUCGCCCGGUGGCUACUUGCCAGCUGCCGGUCGCCAAAUAGCGAUCACGUCUCCCCGCUCCUCAUUCGGCCUGCAAUGUGGGUUUGCCUUUGUUGAAUGGACGUCUGGGAGGCCUUCUCUAAGCGCCGGGAGCCAUGGUCGGAAAUGCUCACUCUCAAAGACGUUCAUUCCUUUUAUCACCUCGUACAACGUACCAAGAUGCUCAAGCUUUUUCUGUUGUUUAAGUGAAACAGCGAGAAUCCUCUUUUCCUGCGAGAAGUACUUACGUCUUGGGUGCUGCUCAUUACCAACUUUGAACAUUUUAAUAUUUCAAUGCAAACGGUCUCGUAUCGCACGGCAUCUGUCUUCUCUUGGCUGUGAUCGCGGGCGUUAAGAAGACCAUCCAAUCCAACCCGGAAGGAGUUGUUUCUGUUUGUGCCUGCAUUUUUAAUCUCGAGGACGAUGC